ACUGGAAUGCGUUACCAUUGUUAUGCUGCUGGCAACGCCACACAAACUAUAUCAUGGGCUCGAGAAGUCUCGAUGCUGCCGGACCUGAUGGGUGAACCAUCUCUUGCUCACCAAAGAUUCCAAAAUGCAUUACAUUAACAAGAUUCUUCACUUCUGCGUCGCUCUUCAAGUCGUCUUUAAGGGCGCGUCCGGUGCGAUCCUCCGCGGACGGACUAGCGGCGCCGAUUCGGUCCAGCUUUCACCAAGCAACGCCGAUCUAUUCACUGAAGCUGCCGACCUCGAUAAUCAGCUAGACAGUUUUCUGAGGAGCUGGGCUGGUGGCCAUCGCAAACCCGACAUUGUUGAAAUUGCGAACAUCGCGAAGAGGCAAACCGGCAGUAUUCAGAUCUCCUCGGAGGACCUCCAGGACCUUCUGAGGCUUAUUCAGUCUAUCGAGCGGCAGCUUUCGGCAAUCAUUGCGUCCGGAGGCAGUUCGGCGAGUGGAACUGUUGCGUCGCCUGUAUCCAGCACGGUCAGCAACGCGGUUCCGGCCAGUUCGGCGAUUGAAACUGUUGUGCCGCCCGUAUCCGACACGGUCAGCAACACAGGCCCGGUCAGUUCGCCGUCAGCGUCGUCAAACGAACAGUCGACCGACACUGGAACCAACCCAGCCGUCACCAUUGUAAGUGCUCUAACCCCCAGCCCCUUUCUGACAAACAGUGGUGCAGGCAAUAGUGAACCCCUUACCACGGCAUAUGCAACAUCAGUUAUGACUACUACACAAUGCAAAACAACAGUCACUCGAACUUACACCACAUACGUGUAUGAGGAGAGUCCCUCAGCGGUGCCCCGAGCCGUUCGGGCUGUUGUCGAGGACGACGACGACAUCGGUGGUCCAGAUCCCAGCCCAACGCAUGAUCUUGAGCAAGACGACGAAUGGGAGCCUUGGGUCGAGUUUGACGGAACGACGGGUGACGAGGACGGCUCCGAUGUUGGAUUCACUACACGCGACACCUGGACCUCCUUGGGAUUGACGCGUCGUGCCCCCGGAGGUGUUUCCUCCCACGCCGAAGCCCUCUUCACUCGUGACGACGGAAGCCCUUGAGAGCCAACUUCUGGCUCAGGUGAGUUUC